AUGUCGCAGGCUGUCCUGCUGAAGGAAUACAAGGCUCUUGCCCGAGAAAGAUGGGUGCAGAUCGAUAUUGACGAAGAUAACAUCUAUCACUGGAAUCUGGCGUUGAUGGUCCUCAACCCUGAUUCCCUGUACUAUGGCGGUUACUUCAAGGCUCAAAUGAACUUUCCCAAGGACUAUCCUUACAAGCCACCGGACUUCCGCUUCCUCAAGCCACUAUGGCAUCCGAACAUCUACCCUGAUGGACGUCUCUGCAUCUCGAUCCUUCACGCACCUGGAGAGGACAUGAUGUCCGGAGAGUCUGCCGGUGAGAGGUGGUCGCCGGCACAGCGAGUGGAGUCAGUCCUCAUUUCGAUACUUUCUCUCCUGGAUGAUGCCGAGAUCUCUUCUCCUGCCAAUGUCGAUGCGAGCGUCAUGUUGAGAGACGACAAGGACACUUUCAAGAAAAGAGUGCUACAGGACGUCAACGCAUCCAAAAAAGACAUUCCUGAGGGUUUCAUCAUGCCGACACACGAGUCAACUAAGCCAGUCAUCGAGAAGAUCGACGAUAACUUUUGGAAUGAUAGUGAUGCGGAGGAAGUUGACUUUGAUGAUUUCGAUGAUUUCGACGACGAUGCCGCCAAUGGAAGCGAAUCUGAUGAAGCAUUGAACAACGACUCGGAGGAUGAGGAGAACUACGACGAGGAUGACGAGGACACCCAGCAUAACAAUAAGGGCAAAUCGCGUUCAUCCAGAUUAGACUCGGAGAUGACUGAGCCGGAGGACUAA